CCAUGGAGGGGCUCCCGGCAGCCGCCGUCGGGGGCGUGUUGGACCCGCCGCGUCCGAGCCCCUUCAGUCAGCUGGUCUACACCAGCAACGACUCUUAUGUGAUCCACUAUGGGGAUCUCAGGAAGAUCCACAAAGCUGCCUGGAAGGGCCAAGACUGCAAGCUGCAGAAGAUGAUGAAUAAGAAGAUGAAGAAGAAGAAGACAUUGGACCUGAACAUAAGAGACGCGAAGAAGAGGACUGCGCUACACUUAGCCUGUGCCUACGGCCAUGAGAAAGUGGUAAUUUUACUGGUAGACAGAAAAUGCCAGAUUGACGUCUGUGACGGCGAAAAAAGGACACCUCUGAUGAAGGCUCUACAAUGCCGGAGGGAAGCUUGUGCAAACAUUCUGAUAGAUUCUGGUGCUGAUCCAACUAUCAUAGAUGUGUAUGGCAACACGGCUCUCCACUAUGCUGUUUAUAUUGAGAGUGUGUCAAUGGUGGCAAAACUGCUGUCCCGUGGUGCAGACACUGAAGUGGAAAACAAGGCUGGCCUCACACCACUUUUACUAUCCAUAACUAGAAGAAAUGUGCAAAUUGUGGAAUUUUUACUGACAAAAAACGCAAAUGCAAAUGCAGUUAAUAAGUGUACAUGCACAGCCCUCAUGCUUGCAGUAUGUCAUGGGUCAUCAGAGAUAGUCGGCAGGCUUCUUCAGCAAAAUGUUGACAUCUAUGCUGAAGAUAUGUUUGGAAUGACUGCAGAACGUUACGCUGUUGCUUGUGGAUUUGAUAACAUUCUUCAACAACUUUUGGAAUAUAAACAAAAGACAUCUAAAUAUCUUCAAAAUAGCAAUCCAGAAGGAACAGCUGAAGAAACACCUGACCAGGCUGCACCCUUGGCGGAGGGCACACCCGACGCUGCACGCUUGGCGGAGGGAACGCCUGAUGAGGACGCACGCUUGGCGGAAAGAACAUCUGAAGAGGUUAAAUGCUUGGUGGAAAGAACACCUGAGAAGGCUGCACCCUUGGUGGAAGGAUCAUCUGAGAAAAUUCGGUAUUUGAGGAAUGAGACAUCUGGAAAGAUUGAACAGUCAGCAGAGGAAACACCUAGGGAAAUUAUGAAGCCUGUAAAAGAAACAUCUGAGAAAUUUGCAUGGACAGCACAAGGAAGACCUAGGAAGAUCGCAUGGCCAGAAAAAAUAAAGUCUAAAAAGACUAAACACCUGGAAAGAGUAACAUCUUAUAAAACUGAAGUUGUGAAAACAGGAAUAUCUAAGAUGAGCGAAUGUUCCACAGAAGAAAAACCUUCAAAAUCACGUACAAAUGAGAAUGUGAAUUCUGUAAAGUCUAUAUUCAGCAAACCAUCUAUGGAAAAUUUACAGCCUACAAAAAUUGAGGAAGACUUCAGUCUUGCUGACAAGCCUUUCUGUGGAAUGAAACCUUCUGUUCCAAAUAAAGCAAUAGAAUUGAAGGGCAUACAGUCAUUCAAAGCAGAGAAUGUGAAUUCUGUAGAGUCUCUACUGAGCAAACCAUCUAUGGAAAAUUUACAGCCUACAAAAAUUGAGGAAGACUUCAGUCUUACUGACAAGGUUAAGUCCGAGAGGGCUGCACAGAAUUAUGUUUGUUUACCUGGGGCUACAUAUGAAAAAGAAAUCAAGAUAAUACGUGGAAAAAUAGAAGAGCCUCCUGAGAAGCCUUCUGACUUUGAGCCCUCCAUUGAAAUGCAAAACUCCGCUCCAAAUAAAGACUUAGAAUGGAAGAACAAACAAACAUUGAGAGCAGAUCAGAUGGUCCCAUCAGAAUCUAAAGAAGGGAAAGAUGAAAAAAAUUCUUGGGAUUCUGAGAGUCUUCCUGAGAGUGUUCAACAGAAUGAUGUGUGUUUACCCAAGGCUACAUAUCAAAAAGAAAUCAAGACAAUAAAUGGAAAAUUAGAAGGUUAUCAAGUUUGUUCCAGUUUAGAUAACAAAUAUUAUGUCAACCGUUAUGUAGAUUUUCAGUUUAUCUUUGAGGACAGAUGGGUUUCUGAGGACAAAUUAUACCCCAGCAAACCGACUAUAGGAAAUUUACAGUCUCUAAAAGUUGAGGAAGACCUCAAUCUUGCUACCAAG